UGUGCCUUCCAGCAGGCCCGGGAGAUGGUGCCGAGCUGUGCGGAUGCACCGGUUCCACGUAGAUUGGGCCUGCUUCUAUGUAUUCUGCUUCUGUAUGCUGGCAGUAUGUGUGCACCGUGUUGUUUCAUACCGGAGCUGCUUCCGUGACAAAGGAAGUGACAGACCAGAGCUCGUUACCUGUAAUUCUGCCCUCAUUCUCCCAUCCAUGCCUGUGCUUCUGGCUCUGUGUGCACUUAGGUGAUUUUUUCAGCAUGUAUCAGCGAGCUGUGCUGCGUAAAUUACUGAGCAUGAGGCCAGGUGUCACAGGAGAACUUCACUCUUUCGUUACAAGAAUUAAGUGGCACCCAGAAACGGCAGCGAAUUUCCGACCUUCUGCUGGGUGGAUGACAGCAUCAUUUACAAUGUCUCUUCCAUCCUGGCGACUCAGCAAACCCUUAGCGUUCCCAGGCUGCCGGGGCUGUUCCAUGUCAAUGGCUGACGUUUGAUAUGUGCCCUGUAAGUCCUGCACUGGGACUCGGUGACCGGUGGGGUGCCUGAUGCCUGUAAUCCCCAUCCCCCGCCGGGUCCGUUCGUUCCACGGCCCCCACACGACCUGCCUGCACUCAGCCUGUGGCCCGGUGCGGACCACGCACCUGGUGCGUACCAAGUACAACAACUUUGACAUCUAUCUCAAAUCCCGAUGGAUGUACGGAUUCAUUCGUUUCCUGCUGUACUUCAGCUGCAGCCUGUUUACCUCCAUCCUCUGGGUGGCACUCUCUAUCUUGUUUUGCCUUCAGUACCUUGGCAUCCGGAUCUUUCUGCGUUUCCAGUACAAACUCUCCAUCAUCCUCCUCUUACUGGGGCGAAGGCGAGUGGACUUCAGCCUCAUGAAUGAACUGCUCAUCUAUGGAAUUCAUGUGACCAUGCUGCUAGUGGGGGGGCUGGGAUGGUGCUUCAUGGUAUUUGUGGAUAUGUAAAUAAAAACAAGCGCAUGUGGGCUAAGAAGGUGACUUUUCUUCCACCCCGGAA